AUGGAUUUAAAUGAAAUGCACAUAAAAUUUGAUAAUGCAAUUCUAUUAUUAAUUGAAUCGAAACGUAACGACAACAAUUUUUUUUUGAAUAAUGAAGAAUAUUGUGAACGAAUCAAAGAAAUAAAAAAAUCUAAAAUUACACUAUCUACGGCUGGAGUAAAAAAAUGUACGAAAGACUAUAGGAAUGUUCGUAAGUACGAUAUUCUUAUUAUCAACGGUAAAGAUCGUCUUAUUAAGACUAUAACCAAUGCGUCAGAGGGUGUGCGUUAUUAUGUGAAAAAUGAAGAGUUGUUUGAUAUAAUUCAUUCUACACAUACAGCAAUCGGUCACGGAGGCCGAGACCGAAUGAUGGCUGAACUUAAAUUAAAAUACGCGAAUGUGACAAAGGAAACAAUAAUGGUUUAUUUAAGUCUAUGUUCUGAUUGCCAUAAAAAAUCUUCAAAUCCAAAAAGAGGGCUUGUAUCAAAACCUAUUUUACAUUCGGCAUACAACUCACGUGCUCAACUGGAUUUAAUAGAUAUGCAAUCACAGAGC